CCCUCCUCUUCCCAUCCGCAGGAUAAUUCCUGCCGCUCACCGCCAGCCGAACACUUCUGCUUCUACUUCUACUUGAGCGGAGCCUGCUGCGUUCCCACGGCCACCAGCCACUCCGCCUGCUCCGCGGUUCCACAGCGCCUAGCUCGAAAAGGUCGUCAUUGAGAGGCUGCACCAAUGGGUUCCAUUCCUACUUAUUGUUCUUAUCAAACAAACAGUGUUGGUUCACUGAAACUGUCGCCUCACAUCCAAUUCCAGCAAUCUUGUAACAAUGAAGUUAUGUUCCUAUCCAUGCGAAAUAAGACACAGCUGGCCAAAAGAAGAGCCACAAAUUAUGGAACUCAUCGUAAUUCUAGUAGGACUCCUGCACCUAUCGUAUGUUCAACUGGAAUGCCCAUAAUUUUCGUUGCCACUGAAGUGCACCCAUGGUGCAAAACUGGAGGCCUUGGUGAUGUCGUAGGAGGAUUGCCCCCAGCUCUGGCUGCAAUGGGGCACCGGGUUAUGACGAUAGCUCCUCGCUAUGAUCAGUACAAGGAUACAUGGGAUACAAAUGUUCUUGUUGAGGUAAUUGUUGGUGACAGAACAGAAACAGUGCGCUUUUUUCACUGCUACAAAAGGGGGGUUGAUCGUGUUUUUGUUGAUCAUCCUAUGUUUCUUGAGAAGGUAUGGGGCAAAACUGGAUCAAAAUUGUAUGGGCCUACCACUGGAACAGACUUCCGAGAUAACCAAUUACGGUUCUGCCUUUUGUGCCUUGCUGCAUUGGAGGCUCCGAGGGUUCUUAAUCUCAACAAUUCUGAAUACUUCUCUGGACCAUAUGGAGAAAAUGUUGUCUUCGUUGCAAAUGACUGGCACACUGCAGUUUUGCCAUGCUAUUUGAAGAGCAUGUAUAAGCAAAAUGGAAUUUAUGUGAAUGCCAAGGUUGCUUUCUGCAUUCACAAUAUCGCCUAUCAGGGCAGAUUUCCCAGAGUGGACUUCGAACUUCUUAAUUUACCUGAAAGUUUCAUGCCGUCAUUUGAUUUUGUUGAUGGGCAUGUUAAGCCAGUAGUAGGGAGAAAGACUAACUGGAUGAAGGCAGGGAUCACUGAGUGUGAUGUGGUCCUUACAGUUAGUCCACAUUAUGUCAAAGAACUUACUUCUGGCCCAGAGAAAGGUGUUGAGUUGGAUGGCGUCCUUCGUGCAAAGCCUCUUGAAACUGGAAUUGUAAAUGGAAUGGAUGUUGUUGAUUGGAAUCCAGCAACAGAUAAGUACAUCAGUGUCAAAUACAAUGCAACAACGGUGGCGGAAGCAAGAGCUCUCAAUAAAGAAAUACUGCAGGCUGAAGUUGGAUUGCCUGUGGACUCUAGCAUACCUGUUAUAGUUUUCAUUGGACGUCUUGAAGAACAGAAAGGGUCAGACAUACUAAUUGCAGCCAUACCGGAGUUUCUCGAGGAGAAUGUUCAGAUAAUUGUUCUCGGCACAGGGAAGAAGAAAAUGGAGGAGGAACUGAUGCUGCUAGAAGCGAAGUACCCACAGAAUGCCAGAGGCAUAGCAAAAUUCAAUGUCCCAUUGGCGCACAUGAUGUUUGCCGGGGCUAAUUUCAUAAUUGUUCCAAGUAGGUUCGAGCCAUGUGGCCUCAUCCAAUUGCAAGGGAUGAGAUAUGGAGUGAUUCCCAUCUGUUCAUCCACCGGAGGACUCGUUGACACGGUGAGCGAGGGUGUCACCGGAUUCCACAUGGGUUCGUUCAAUGUCGAGUUUGAAACCGUCGAUCCAGCAGAUGUCGCGGCAGUUGCUUCGAAUGUCACACGAGCUCUGAAACAGUACAAAACACCGUCGUUCCACGCAAUGGUUCAGAAUUGCAUGGCGCAGGACCUAUCUUGGAAGGGACCGGCAAAGAAGUGGGAGGAGGCUCUUCUUGGCCUAGGAGUCGAGGGAAGUCAGCCGGGCAUCGAGGGCGAGGAGAUCGCUCCACUUGCGAAACAGAAUGUGGCCACUCCCUGAAAUCUCCAAAUAUUAGGGAGAGUGUUCUAAGAUUCGACAAAAUAAUGAGGUUGCUAAAGAUGAAGCUGUAUUCAUCUAGGGUUUGCCAUUUCUCUACUACUCCAUGUGUAACAUACUACCUGAAUUUCAACAAGUAUGCAUCCUUAUGUAGGUC